AUGGCCACACGCGACGAAGCCAUGAAUAUGGAUGAGGAUAUGAAUAUUGACGUCGAUGAUGUGCAAACACAAAGUAGCGAGGUGAGUAAAAUUAGAAAUAGCAAUACGCUGCAUAAAUUUUUAUUUUAUUUACCUUUUAUAUGUCUGUAUUUAUAUUACGUUAAUAAGGAGUGUGGCAAAUUUACUAAAUAGCGAAUGACCGAAUGCGAGUAUAUUAUAAAUUAUAAUGAACUGUCUGUGCCAUUAACAAGCUUUCUUUCGUAGGGCCGCAACUACCGACGUUUCGAGGGAAAGCCCUUUGUUUGGAGUUACUAGCGUCUGGGGAAUAUAUUAUAGAAACGCUACUGAAUAGACGUUAAGUCUAUAACUAUAAACAGAAUUAAAACACGUGUUCACCAACAUUUUUAUUCGUUUCUACCACUUGAAAUUUACCAGUGUAUUUAUUAUAACUUAUUCAAAAAAUUUGAUGUUGAUUGUUGGGCUGUUGGAGUUCUGCUUGUGACUUCACUCACAAUUCACAAACUACUAAAUUAAAAUUGUAGGACAAAUUCUGGACAAAUACUUUAUAGAAAAAUACAUGUCUGGACAAUACAUGUCUGACACUGGAUCCCAAUAUGUAAAUGUUAUUUGUCUGAUACAAUCAGCGGCAUAGCCAAGACGUUAUUUCAUGGGGCGGGGAGGGGUGAAGCAUGCCAAAGCUGAUGGCAUUUCAAGUCAUGUUGGAAGUGGUUAAGGAAAUUCUAACAAAAACCUUUCCCCAGACAUGUCAGUGUAAGGAAGUAAUAUUUUGUUUAUAAUUUAGUAAGAACAAAUCAUUGUUCCUACUACUGUUUAUGCUAUAGAAAAUAUCUGGGUGCCAGCUUCUGUUAGGAACUAUUUGCAGGGCAUGUGAAAUUGAUAACCUGAUCAUAUAAAACAAUAUGAAAAUUAUUUGAGAUGUUCCUCCCCACCCCCCCCCCCACCCCAGAAAAAAAAAUUUAGGUGCCCUUUUUCAUUCGAAAAGAGCCCCUCAAAGCCUGGGCCCCCUAACUUUUAGAUUUGUUUUACGCCCCUGGGCAUGUGUGGAAAGGACUGGUGGAUUAGUUUCAAAUUUGUUUGGGUCGUUCCAGAAAAGAUCCAUACUCCCCCCACGGAGGAAAUUUCUGCCGUCCAGAGGGAGAGGGAAGAAAAAAUUGUUUCUGAUAAUAGUAAAUGUAUUAGGACAUCCGAAGGGGGUAGGGGGAUUAACUUCCUAUUUCCUCCGUGGGGGUGGUAUGGAUGUUUUCUGGAAUGACCCUUUGAACAAUGAUAUUGUCUGUAAGCCACAUUGUAACAUUUUGGUGUGUAAAUAAAUCUGAUCAAAAACUUGGAAAGUAAUUAUUCUGUUACUAAUAAAGUGUAUGUUCGCGCCCAUAUUUUUUGCAUGUUUCCAAUUUUAAUUAAUUGCCAAUCAAAUUUUUAUACUAAUUGUGACUAAGAAACAGAUUCACUGGGCCAAAUAAAAAAAUAUGUGGGUUUCCGGUUUCCCGACCCUACCUAGCUUUUGGACGUCGAAAUCCCGACCCUAAACUUUUUUAUUGGAUCACGCUUGUAAGUGUUUCCACUUAGAGCAAAACGUUUGUCGAAAAUGAAAAUUUGAGGCAAUAUUAGGAAAUUUAUGUUUGGAUGUGGAAGCACUGACUAAACAAAAUGGCGUUCGGUUGUUAGGAAAAUUAAGAAAAAAGUUUAAAAAAAAAAGUUAAAACCGACCUACCCUACCUAAGUUUUUACAAGAGGAAACCGGAAACCCUCAUAUUUUUUUUUGGCCCUGUUUAAAAUUACAACUGUUAAAAUGCUAAAAGAGGUGAUCAAGGUGACGAAGCUCUAGGAAGAUAUAUAUUAUGUGACUGGUUGAUUAUGACAAUGACAAAAGACGUAAUUGGCUUACAUAAACAAAAGGAAUAUUGUUCUUGCUUCGUUUGUCAUUGUCAUAAUCAACCAAUCACAGAACAUCUUCCUACAUUACUGCAUAAAAGUGGAAUACAAGCGUGAAAGGCUGCCGGGAAUGGCUAAAACAAUUAUUAAUUUUCUAGCUGUAUAAUUAAUAAAAAAGCUGUAUAACCAAAUUUAUAAAGAAGCUAAUUUAUAAAAAAGCUAAUUUAAUAUUAAAAAUCUAAUUUAUAAAAAAGCUGUAUAACCAAAAUUAACCGAUUUUAUGUCGUUCAUGAGCCGAACGAAAAUUUUUGAAAAUAUGGAGUCUCUAUAACUUCGGAUAUGGCCUUUACAGAGUCUUUAAUACUGCGAAAAGGGCACUUUCUUUCCAGCAAAAGAGGGCAUUCAGUCAAGAAAUUCUUUUUUCGUUCUUUAUAUGGCCACUUUAGCCCAGAAAAACGGCACUUUUCACUUUCCGCGGCCCCUGCACGAUACGAAUAUUCACGCCGUCGCACACUUCAGUUGUUAAUGCACAAAUAUCUCUAUAACGUUUUUGUUUGAUUAUGGACUCCAGGCCUUGUAUCUAUAAAAACUAGAGAAAAAUAAAAAGGCCUAAUAUGUGAACCAUAUCACCUAGAAGAUGGAAUGAUUGAAAUAACCUGCCGCAUCUAAGGCCAAAUAAAAAAAAUACUUGGUUAGCGUCACACUCUCACAAAUGUUCAGAGGCGGGAGGGCGUUUUUUAAAAUUUUUACUCGUUUUUUAACAGUAUUUUUGGGGGAGAUGGGGGCAAUUUUUCCGCCAUAUCGGUGAUAUUUUUGUGCUGAUAAUACCCAAGCCCAUGCGCUACUAUCGAUCAGUAUAUAGCGCGAAAAAAUGAGAAUAAAUUCAAAUAUUAAACUGUUUUAAACUGUAAAGCGAAGAGAUUUACAUAACAAAAAAAAUGCGGGCGUUGACGCUAACCAAGUAUUUUUUUUCAUUUGGCCUAAUACUAUUUGUGCGGGGUUGGCGGGGGAGGGGGGGGAGGAGGAUGAUUCUCGUAAACGUGGUAGAAACAAAACUUUCUAAUUGUAUACAAUUUGAGUAAUAUUAUUAAUUAAUAAUAUUUUAUAAUAAUUAUUUUUAGUCUCUAAGAAACACGCUUUAACAAUCCGUACGGUAACUAUUGCUGAGCUGGAUCGAAAUGUAAGGUCUGCAAAGUUUGUGUUGAGAAAACUAUAUGCUACCAGCCAAACCGUCUAUCCGCUGAUCGUUCCGUCCGCAGAAACCUCUCGCCAAAUCCUACUGACACAUGGCACUCUCAAAGCUCUACAAACGGUUAUAUCUAGGUUGCAGGGCCGCAACUAGACACGAUGAUUCGGGGGGGAUGCAUAUUCAUGUAUUCAUGUUCUGCCCUACUGAUGUCUUUUGAAAGCGAUUGUUUUUACGGUAAGUGAACAUGAAUAUAUCAUAUGCAUCCCUCCCCCCAAUUAUCGCGUCUAGUUAUAUGGCCCUGCUAUAGUUGUCGACACUCUACUGUAAUUGUAUACCAAGUAUGUUGAAGGAAACAUCGAAGAAAAAUGGGAGGAAUUUAAACAUCAAAGAAAAAAGGAUGGACGAGAAGAUGUGUAUAUAAUAAAUAAAUAAAUACUUAAUUUAACGCACACAAUUUACGUACUAAUUUAAGCACACAAUAUAAAUUAUCACCAGAGUUCACCAAUCACGACUCUGAUUGGUAAACUUUUCCACUAACUAGCCAUUAAAUAUUAACGGACCAUUAAAUAUUUGAGGGGAGGGGGGUUGGGUUGGGCAAAUACCAAAAAAAAAAAAUAGUGCACAGAAAAAAUUCAUGGAAAAAUUCUCUUGCACAACAAAGCUAUUGAGCAAAAAAUCGAGCAAGUUGAGAGAGCGGUAGAGCUAAAUUUUAAAAACGUAACACAAGAGGAUUUAAAACAUUGAAAUGGUCGUAAAAUAUUCAAAAUAUUCUCAACUUGGCACACGUGAAAAAUGGCAGAUAGAACGAAGAUUUCUAUUGGUACAAUUUCCGAAAAUUCUGAUGACCUUUUCGAUCCCCCCCCCGGCCCCCCGUCGCCAAACUUCCGGAAAAAUGUUUCAGGUCAUCCAUGAAAAAAUAUCUUGCAAAGAAAUGUGCUAGAAAAAAAUAAUCUUGCCAACUGUUGAGGUAUGAAAAAAAAAUCAUGCACAAAAAAAUUGCUAGCCCCCCAGGCCCCGCUCAAAUAUUUAAUGGUCCGUCUCUUAGUCAACUAUUAUGCUCCGAAACAUUGUAAUUUAUUAAUAGAAUAUUUACUUUUUAUACCAGUGGUCUGAUUUAUUCAUAUACACUUAAAUGUUACAAUCAAGUUCCUCAUCCUUACUGUCAGUAUGAUUGAAAAGUGGGUUUUGGGGAGGUAAGUCCUUUAAAAAAAUAAGGUAGUAAGCCUAAGUAAAGCAUGUUUGGCAAAUUCCGAAUUAUUUUUAUAAGGACAAAGGUACAACAGUCAACACCAUCUUUCGUACAGUAGCUAUGUAUAUUGAUGUCUAGUGCUAAAUUUGUAUUUGGAUACAGAAUGAGAAUGAUACGGUGGAGCAGCCGGCACGGAAAAGGUACAAAACCGCCUUUAAACAGUCCGCAUCAGAUCGCCGUCUAUAUGACCGGAAAAAUCUGACAGCAUUGGAUAGAAAGGUAUAUAAUUUGAUAUGUUUUUAAACUAUAUAAAGCCCGGUCAGUGGAAUAUUUAGUUGUCAAAAAUGUAUUAUAUAGUUGAACGAAUGGUAUAAAUUAACCAAAUGCCCUACAGUAGCGUUAACUCUGGUUGGUGGACAUAUCCAAUAUUCUGGUAUGUGAUAAAAGUUUGAAUUAGCAAGAAAUUUUCAUUAUACAUAUAUUUUCAUUAUACAUAUAUUGUAAAUUUUGUUUGGUUAAGGAAUACAUUUUUUGAAUUUUAGGUCCUCCACAAUUUAGACCAUUUGCAUCUGAUGACGCUGUGCAAAAUGUAUUUAGCUCUAUCGUACUUAAUCAGUCUAAUAAUGACGUUUCAGGUACUGAAUAUCUGAUCUUCCUAAGGUAACAUUUACGCGCAGCAAAGAUAAGUAUUUAUGAGAUACUGUAUACCUUUUAUGACUCAUAAUACAAUUCAAUUGCAAUUUGAAAAUAUUCUCGUUUUUUGUGCACGAAUAUAUUUCUCUUUUAAUUCUAACUGUCACCCACCCUUGCCCUAUCAUGCGCGAAAAAGGACGAUUUAACCAUAAUCUCAUUCUCAAAUCUUAUCUUUAUUUUAUAUUAUCCCAGAUUUUUAAAAAUAUUUAAUUCUAAAGAGCAUAUUGUUUACCGUAUAGUAACAUUUUAUGUACAGUAGUAACUAGUGAAUAAUAAUUUCUAGUGAUUUUUUUUAAGGGACUACGAGCGGAGAUUUUUCUAUGAUUCAGCUACCUGAUGAUUGGAGAAUAUUUAAUGUUUUUUCUAAACGUAAACUAGUUAUUGCGUUAGUGACAAACAAUGGUACGUUUUAUUCUCUUGGGCCUGUGUGUCAACAAAUUACACGUACAUGACAUGUAUGAUUUCAGUUAUUUAGUUGCGAUUUUUAGUUAAUUUUUCUCCAAAUGGUAGGAUAAGAUUAUUUUUUCAACUUUUAGUUAAAUACGAUUUCUAUUGAAGGUACGAGAAACGCUAAUUGGCGAACAAGGACUUGCCCUGUUUGGUGGCCCGAAAGUAUUCCGUUCGGUGACCCAAACAACACGAAACCUCGACUUUCAGCCGAGCAUUUGCACGCAAUAAUAGAAGGAUACAGCUCGUUUAUGGUGUCCAAUGGUCAUAAUGAUGCGGGUGUUGGUAAUAGUGGCUUUGGUGUUAGUGGUGGUGACGAUGGUGUUGGCCGUGGUAAUGAUAGUGUAGGAGGUGUAAGAGACGAUGCUGGCGAUGAUGAUGUUGGUGUUGAUGGUGGUAAUGCGGAUGGUUUUGGUGCUAAUGACGGUGUUGAUGGUGGUGAUAAUGGUGAUGGUGGUGGUAAUGCGGAUGGUUUUGGUGCUAAUGACGGUGUUGAUGGUGGCGAUAAUGGUGAUGGUGGUGGUAAUGCGGAUGGUUUUGGUGCUAAUGACGGUGUUGAUGGUGGCGAUAAUGGUGUUGUUGAUGGUGGUGAUGCGGAUGGUGGUGGUGCGGAUGGUGGAAGUGCGAAAGGUGUUUAUUGUGAUUGUGAUAAUAGUGCUGAUGGUGGUGAUAACAGUGUUGGUAGUGGUGGUGAUGAUGGUGUCGGUGGUGGUGAUGAUGGCGCUGCUGGUGAUUUAGGUGAGACGUCUACAUGUGGUGUGGAAAUGAGGAACGUCUUGCGUGUAAGUUAUAUACUGCUCUACUGUAAUUGCUCGUAUUUUGUUCUAUUUUGUUUUGACAGUGAAAAAUGUAUCAUGUGUCCUAAAGCAGUGCUGUGGGUAUACAUAUUUUCUCCUAGAGCGGGAUAUUUAUUAAUGAGUAUUUAAUUUUAAUUCUAUCUACAAAAUGCUACAAUUAGUUAAAUUGGGUGAACUACCCAAAAUCGUGAUAAUUGCCAAUGCAUGAUGUCACUCUUUCUUAAAGAGUUGCACAAUUUAUAUGGAGAAAGAUCAAAGGAGGAUCCUUGGUUUCCUAAAAGGCGUAAACAAUUGGGCAGAGUUUGUGUCCUGUAUAGAGAUAGUGAAAGAGAAGGGGCCAUUGGUACCAUCAUACGAGAAGCCAGUCGAAGUACACACAGACUUGUGAUGUUGAGAAAAGGUGCGAUCCUAUUCAUAUGAUCAUAAUGAAGUAUCGUCAAUAUAUUACAUAAGUACCACCGUACGUUGUUUCACGAAAUCCUAUAAAGAGUUCUCAAUAUCAUAUAUAUAUAGAUAGAGCAAACAGUAAAUUAAAGCUCACAUUCAAAACGCAAGCGCAUUUCUCCUUUACUGUAUUGUCUGUUUCUUGUUUAUUGCAUUGUCUUUUACCAUAGUGUGCGUUGUGAUGUCCCAAAAGGAAUUUUAAAAGAAGGUUUGGAACCAGUAAAGGUUACAGGAGAUGGGGAAUUGCCUGUUUCGAUCAAUUUCGAAAGUGAUAACUGGAAGUGAGGAUGACCACCUUCUAUUUAAACUUGCUGUGGUUAUUCAUGGUUGUUCGAACGAGCAGUAUUAUCAAAAGAAUAUUCACGUAUGUAACAAUAGUACUAAAAUGGAUCAAAGAUGGCAUGAUGCGCUAUUAGUAUAUCCACUGGUAGACUGGUAGUAUUGGUUUGUGUCUUAAUUCUAAUUUUAAUUUUUUUAAUAAUGUAUUGUCUACCGCACAUAUAUUUUUACCGUUUUCAAAAUAGUAUUUGAUUAACGAUGACCUCGACCUGUUCCUCCAUACAAUAACGGAAGAUGAAAUAUUGGCGACCAUGGGUGAAGACUUGUCUGAAGAGGAUAAGUUUAUCGCAUCACAAGAGGUGAUGCGAACCGUUAUCGACGGUCGUUACUCGGGUGCGUGUUACCUAAAUGAUUGGUGUGUAGUAAUUAAGUGGGAGAUUAUCAUUCUAACUUGCAGCUGAGAGCUACUCUAGUUCGAUAUGAGGAUCACCCACAAUCUCGGAGGUGAAAGGCGCUUGCUCUGACCUCCACCUAAGCCCCAUAUUAACUUAAAAAUUCGUUUUCAAUAGAGUUUAUAAGUUUAGACUCUAUUGUCUAAUUUGUCUUGAAGUGAAAUAUAAAAUGUCUUGAAACUAAUUUAAAUUGGUUAGCUUAGACUUUUUAUAUAACUAUAUUUGUUUCUACAUACUUUUGAUUUGUUUUAGACGACAUGUUAAGAUUAUCACAUGCAUGUCCUUUAUUAGGAUAUCUACAAGUUCUUAUAAUGGCAGAUACAUUGCAGCGGAGAAUCACACAACAUUGUAAUGCACCUGGAAUGGAUUUGUACAAUACUGAGGUGAUACCAUUACAUAUUCCGCCAAAUAUCUCCCCAAUUCAUAUCCUCUGGUGUUCCUUGAGUGGAGGUGGCAUACGAAACCACAUCGUCCCACUACAAAAAUGCAGAGAUGAAAAUGGUAAUACUUAGUUUAAUUUACAGUAUUACUUUAUCCAAUAGUAAUAUUAAUUAAAUUAAUAGUUUAGUCAUGUAGAGAGUCGCAGAAACACGCAUGAAUGUUCGUUCGUUAGUUUAAAGACAUUGAUAAAAGCCUAUAAUUAUGAAUUAUUUUUAUUCCUGUACCAAAAUCAAAUAAUACAAUGUUUUAACAAGAAUCGAUCUGAUUAAAAUUUAUAUAUUAUUACGCUUAUUCCUUCUGUAUAAAUUCCGGUUAUUAUUUCGGUGUACCCAAAAUCUUUCAAUAUAUAAACCGUUGGAUCAUGUAAAUUUUCCAAUCAUAUUAUAGCAUGUGUUAUAUUUAACAAAUAUAAAACAUUUUCCGUGUUGAUGUCAGACACGGGUCAGCUACGGAGCUGGGGGGGGGGGGCUGAGGGGGGGGGAGUGCCCCUUCACUCGGAAAUAAAAUUGAAAUUAUGCCCCCUUAUUCCACAUUUCUUGCCAUGUAAAAAAUAGACAACGCGGCUGUAGAAGAUUAAUACUUGAGGCUCAUAGUCAUACUCAAUUUUUGUAUGAAAAUAGAUUGCUUGUGGCUUAAAAUAAAUAACCUCAUUGUUAGAAGCUAGGCUAGAUAGCAGACGGCUGAACUAACCCUAUACAGAAACUUUAAAGACUCACAAAAUUGAGCACAAGUAUAAUACUUUUACAGUGUAGAAGAACGUUCAGUUCGAUCCCAAUUUUUCUGAACUGGAAAGGAAAACUAGCUGCUAGCACGACAGUCAAAAUCAUCCCAACGCCUCUGUUACAUUCUUUCUGCAGUGCCUCCUCAGAAAUUGAGAGCCAGCUACUGGCUUGGUUGAUGUACUAUAUUUAACUGAAACGAGCAUGCAGGAGUGCUUUUAUCAGAUAUAAAACACGAGAGCGCAACUCAAGUGUUUUAUAUCUGAUAAAGCACGACCCAUUUGACGAGUUCAUUGGCGAAGAAAUUUUUAAAAUAAAUGUUGUUUAAGCUAAAGUUUGUCUGAAUUAACAUAUUUUGUCAUUUCCUCAUGAAUAAUUAAUGAGACUUUUUUCGCUGUGGUGAUAUAACUGUAUAUCAAUACGGAAAAAAGUUUUAUGUACUAAAAACUCGAGCCGAAUUAGGCGAGAGUUAAUUUGUAUAUCAGAUAAAGAUCGGAUGCAAAUGUUUUAUCCUCUUUAUAAAACGACCCAUCUUAUGAGUUCAUUGGCGAAGUAAUUAUGUAAAUCAGGACUCAAUCUUUAUGCGAUUUACAAACAUUGAUUAAACAUUCAUUUCUUUUGAAUUUUCUUCAUGAAUUAUUAAUGAGUUUUAUAAAUAUUUUUUUAAUAUAGCACGAAGAAAUAUGUGGAAAAAAUUUUCCAUGUUGACAUUGAGUUAUAUCAAUACGGCUAUAUUAACCAAUCAUUGUUCAGACGUUACGUACAAAUGCUAUAAUGUUAUAAUAAAUACAUUAUAGUAUAUUAUGUAUUAUACAGACGCUAACAUUUGCAGAAUCUGAUGUGAUUAAUUUUAUAAAUGUCGAUGUUGACGAAUGACGUAUUACAUUUUUAGCAUUUAACACUUUUUCCAAGUCAUUUGAUGGUGUUUGCGGACCCUUCUGCCAGUAUGAAAUAGACUUGGAAAGUGGAAAGCAAUCGCGUUGGGUUGCAUGUGAUCGCUGCCUGUUGUGGUUUCAUCAUCGCUGCGUUUUCUUCCGACCACGAAGACUGGGUAAAUCAUGGUAUUGUGGGUGCAGUACACCUGAUGAUGAGAUAUCAAGUUGGUAAGUUUUAUGAACGCACGACCGUAUAAUUACUCAUGCAUAAUUACUAAAAUAUUUUCUACAUGUUAAAUUCAGAAAUAAAGGUUAAAAAAUUUGGUUCAAAUGUGAUAUAUUUCUGGAACUUGAUACUAAAACAUUUUGAAUAAUCAAUUUUAACACAUGCAUGAAAAAGGCUAAGGAGUAAGGGUCUUUACAAUGGAAACUUCGAAAUAUUUUCCAUAUUUUCCAAUAUACUUGCAGCAUCCUUCAACCCACUCCAUAUAUUUAUUUAUUUUAUUUUUCUGAAAUCCACAUUCUAACAUUUAAUAUGUCUUUGUAACGUUUUUGUAUAGUCAGAUAAAUUUAACUCCUGAUGGUUUGGAAGCGUUUUGUAAAGAUAGAUUACAGGUAACUUGCACGAUUUGCCAUUAAGAAUAUAUUUUUAUGAAACAUUUGUUAAAUACGUUUAUGUGUAUUUGACAUGCCAAAAAGCUAAGUUUUUUAAAAAGUCGUCGUUUCGAUUAUCUCAAGAGAGGUUCACCCAAUUCGUUGAGGCGUGCUGCUGGAUUGGUAAUGGACAACGACGACACAGUUAGUUUUCAAUGUCUAAUGUUAAUUUAUCUUAAGCAGGCUCCCUAAAUUUACUUUAUGGCUCAUUUAGGCUCUUUUGAAACGUCCUAAAUAACACACUGCACUACAAAAUAAAUUUUGCAUACACCUUAUGCAAAAUGUACCGUUAAUAUCCCAAACAUCAUCUCGUAAACCUAGAUUGAAAUCUUACUGUUUAAACUCCUGGAUCAAGUGAUGGAAAGGAGCGAUUGUUGGCCUCCUGACGUCGAACGAUCGAGAGGAAAUAUUGUAUCCUUCAAGUUGGAUAUAUUGACAACAGAAGUAAGUUAAAAACCUCAAAUUGUCCCUGACCAAUGUAGAUGGAGCCGCGUACUACUCGCUUCCAUGUAGCCUAUACAUUGUCAGAGACAAGCGGAUACAGCCGUUAGUGCGGUCUACUGAACUUGAUUUACAAGACCGAACUAUACACUAUAUAUUACUUUAUCGUUCCUCUGCAUGCUCAUAUAUACGGUCCUAUUCGAUAAGAAUAAUGUCUUUAAUUUAGAUUGCCAUAUGGAUGAUGUCUUCAACUUCAAACGUCAGUCGAUUCCGGAGUGAAGAAGUCCACGAUACCUUUAACCCGAACA